AAUUGAGGCAAUAAUGAAACGGAACGAAACAACCACACGCAUUGCGCAUGUCUUCAGAGGGACAUUUGUUCACUCCACACCGCAAACUGCAGUGGAAAUACUGCACAACUCUGUCUUAGGAGUCGACGAUGAGGGGAAGAUAGCAUUUAUUGAUAAAGAUCAAAAUGUGACCAGACUUUCAAAAUUAUGGGGUUUUGAAACGUCAGACAUCAAACAGCUUGGACAAUAUGAGUUCCUUAUGCCAGGAAUGGUUGAUACACACAUCCAUGCGUCUCAGUACAGCUAUAGUGGCACUGCAUUAGACUUGCCUCUGCUCGAAUGGCUCAACACUUACACUUUCCCAGUGGAAGCCAGGUAUAAAGACUUGGAUUUUGCCAAUAACAUCUACACUAAAGUUGUGAGAAGAACUUUAAAGAACGGCACUACCACUGCUUGUUAUUUUGCCACCAUACACACUGAUGCCUCACUUCUGCUCGGAGAGCUUGCAGAUAAGUUUGGACAGAGAGCUUUAGUGGGGAAAGUUUGCAUGGACUGCAAUUCUGAAGUUCCACAGUACAAAGAAAGUUCAAGCGACUGUAAAAGAGAAACUGAUCGUUUUAUAAAGGAGCUUCUCAAGAAGGAGUACCCAAAUGUAAAGCCUGUAGUCACUCCUCGUUUCGCUCCCUCUUGUUCUGCCGCACUGCUCAGUGACCUGGGUGAGAUCGCCAACAACACAAAGCUUCACAUUCAGAGCCACAUCAGUGAGAACAAAGAAGAACUGAAGCUUGUGAAGAGAUUGUUUCCAGACUGCAGAUCCUAUACUGAUGUUUACCUCAAGUACAACCUGCUUACAGAUAGGACUGUAAUGGCUCAUGGGUGUUACUUAACUGAUGAAGAACUGAAGAUCUUCCAUGAAACAGGAUCUGCGAUCUCUCACUGUCCUAACAGUAACAUUUCGAUUUGCAGUGGGAUGCUGGAUGUGCGCAAUGUUUUGAACCACAAAGUGAAACUAGGUUUAGGAACAGAUGUAGCAGGAGGAUACUCUCCAUCCAUACUAGAUGCUAUGAGAAGAACUCUGGACACAUCUAAAGCCUUGACCAUCCAGGACCCUCAGCAUCAGACUCUGACCUUUGAGGAGGUCUUCAGACUGGCCACACUUGGAGGCAGUGAAGCUCUCUCAUUGGAUGAUCAGAUUGGAAACUUUGAGGUGGGAAAGGACUUUGAUGCCCUGCGAGUGAAUGUUUGCAUUCCUGAUGGACCGAUCGAUGCGUUUCCUGGAGAAGGCCCAAAGGUCAUUUUGGAGAAGUUUUUAAAUUUAGGUGAUGAUCGAAACAUUACUGAAGUCUAUGUGGCUGGAAGGCAGGUGGUUCCAUUUCCAGAUACUUAGUUGCUGUUUUUAUGACGACAAGCUUUAGACCUAAAAAAAAAAUCACAGUUCAGAUUUAUUUAAAUACAUUGUCGAUUUACAGCAUAAGUGGUUCACAUCUUGCUUCAGUAUACAUUUCAUAUUGACUUGUCUGGUGCUCUAAUACUUUUUAUUUUUGUAUAAAAUGAUUGUCAUCCAUUUACUAGUUGUGUUAAUGAAGGACAGAGAAGUAAUAGAAUGCAUCUUGUAAUAUUUUAUAUUAAUUUAAUUAACUUUUAAUCAAUUUUAAUUGCUUCUACCAAUAAAAGAUAAUGCUUUUUGAUCAUUCAUUUGCUGUUAUUAUCAUCAUCAUCACCCUCAUCUCAUCACUCAUCACAUCUUCUCAGAGACUCUUGGCUGCUGGAUCUUCCUGUUCUUUCACUGUUAAUGACGCUCAAGUACAAAGACAGCUUAGUGUUUUUCAGCCAAAUUAAAAAGUUCCGGUGAAAGCUCAAUGUGACUAUUUUUAAUUUCAUAAGGUUCCUUUUACAGCAUUGAUGUUGUAAUGUAAUUAAAAUAUAAUCAGUUAAA